AUGGCGAAACGCAAGAUACAGCGACAAAACGGCACACCCGCAAAGACCGAAGCGGCACCGUCUACCUCUACCGUCACCCGCCGAGCUACUCGAAGCAUGACUACCGCCGCAGCUGCUCGCGCAGUCUUCGAUACUGCCGAGCUACUGGAACACAUCAUGCUCCAGGUGCCGAUGGCUACCAUCCUCACGAGCCAGCGCGUCUGUCAGCAGUUCCGAGAUAUCGUCAAGACAUCGAAGAAGAUCCAGGAGAAGCUCUUCUUCCGUACUAACAGCGAGUGCGAGUACUGGGCGUGGCAGCAGGCUGGAGGCGGACCGGUGCAGCAGAGCGCGAACCCCGAUGACUGGAUGGAGAACCCGGACCAGGACCCAGAAGAGAUCAAGACACUGUCGGCCCGCGUCAAUGACUUCUUUCGCGAUACCAAGGAGAUUAUGCUUGGCACUCGAGGCACGUGUGUCGUCCCAACCGCGCGCCUAAUGGAUGCAAUGUUGCCCACUCUCAAGGUCAAGACCCCACAGAAGCAGACUUGGGAGCAGAUGCAUCUGACCGACGGCCCGACUGAGGAGGCUUACAUAUACUUGGAAUGGCAAAUUGGCGACGGCGAGUCAAUGAGUGCUCAGGGAUCGGCAUGUGCAAAAGUCUGGGCUUAUGACGGUAUUACUUUGGACGCAGUUGCAUCUGCUUUGAGGACGCCAUCGGACCACGUAGUCGAGUCCCACUAUUCUGGCCAGGAUUCUCACGACAAUGAGGACUUGCUGGAGGUGAUUCUGGCAUACGAGGGUCCUCAUGGUCCGUAUGCCACUAUGCGCAUUUCGGGGAUUCUGCUCGAGGGUAUGUUGAUUCCGUCUGAUUCGGGGAAGGCUAUACUCGACUCGAGACGCGUUCAGGAGUAG